CCAAUUAUUCUGCAAACAUCUACAUGUGAAAACGGUAUCAUGACGUUAAUAGCAAUAGGGGCAUGCUACAUGGACACGAUUCUAUCGUGGGUUCUUCCAAUUAUCAAAAUGCAAGUUCCCAAUUACCCGGGUGAAGAUGAGAAACUGCGUGCGUCCAAGAUCAGUCACCGCAGAGGCGGAAACUGUCCAAACACUCUUGAAGUUCUUGGACAAUUGUUGCAACAUGGCCCUUCGAGCGACGGAUCAUCCUUAAAUUUGGUUUCCGUUCUCCCUUCAUUAUCAUCAGUGGCAUCUGACCAGAUACAAAAAGGACUAGGCGAACUAGUUUGCCUUGAGAAUUGCAUUUAUCGAGAACAAUUCAGCGAACCAGCAUCCAGCUACAUCAUUAUGAGCCAGGCCACUGGUAGUAGAACAAGUGUCAACUACAACGAGCUACCUGAUAUGAGUCUUGCUGAAUUCAUCACUGCGGUUAAGCCGUUGCGUACUGUGGCUGAUACACCGUGGUUUCAUUUCGAAGGCCGUUCUCCGAACGUAACAAUUGAGUGCAUAAGUCAUAUUCGUGGACAUUUCCCGGGAGCCACCAUCAGCGUUGAAAUUGAAAAGCCAGGUCGACCAGGUCUACAGGAACUUGCGAAGGCGGCAGACGUUGUAAUUUACUCCAAAGGCUGGGCCCAGAAAAAUGGAUAUACAUCUGCUGAAGAUUGUAUAAGAAAGCAAAAGCUAGAAACUGAUCAAGCAUCGCUUCUCUGCUGUACUUGGGGCGAUGAUGGUGCUGCGGCUCUUGAACCAAGAACCGGCAAUUUCGCCCAUGUCCCGGCACAUGACAAAGGGCAGGUUAUUGAUACUAUUGGAGCUGGCGAUACCUUCAUAGCUGGACUGCUAUAUGGUUUGAUAUACCGAAGCAAGGGUUGGGACUUUCAAAAGAGAUUGGAGUUUGCAAAUCUGAUUGCUGGGCUGAAGGUAACACAGGAGGGCUUCGGAAACCUACAUAGAGCGAUGGACUUUUGA